GGUCCCUGACAGAGUCAGCACCCCAGCUGGGGGACACCAGUCAGGGUUUCCCCAGGUUUCUCACUUCUCAUCUGUGACAAUGCUUUCCUCCAGGUUUACAUGUGACAGCACACGUGAAGGGCUAGGACCAGGAGGCCCUCAGUGAUGGGUUACACAAAAAGCUGCCAAAUGCAACAGCAGAGCUGACCUGAAGGAGGCUGGUCAGCGUCCCUUUCCUUGUUCACCUGUGAACCCUAGGAGUCUGUUCUGUUGCCAGCGCAUGGAGGCACUCAACAGGUGUUGGUUUCAGGAGGUAGGCCAGGUAAAUAGGCCUGAGAUUAAGCUGAGUCUCCACUCUCUCCUCUGACAGACAGACAGCAUGACAGUACCUGCCUUGUAGGUGGUGAGCGUUAAAUAAGGUCUCUGAUGUGAAAUAGACACUAUUGGUGGCCCUGCCCUGUCCCCUCAGCAUUCAUGUUCCUGAAGGCUGCUGGCUUCUUCCUGCAGGCACCUGCAAGUCUCGGCUCAAGGGUUAGGAGACCAGAGAAGACACCAGGAAGCUACAGAGUUAGCACUCCAUUAACCCAAGACAGGAGUCAGAGCACAGAGAUCCAGCUUAUGGCUUCUGAGGCAGCAUUAAUUGGAUGUGCCCCUGAGAAUCAACUCCCAACUAAACACUUGUACUCAAAUCCCUGUCCCAGGGUCUGUUUCUGGGAAACCCAUCCAGGAGAGCUUGGAAGGUGCUUGACGGGAAGAAGACCCCGGGCAAAGGGCAGUGGGUGCACUAGUCUGAAGGCUUCGUGAAAGCAGAGAUGUCCACUUGGACACAGUGGGCUCCUGAGGUGUAGGAGUGUCCUGGCACAGAGAAGGCACCCAGAAGGCAUUCCUGCUCAGAAUGGCAGGAAGAGGAGACUCAGGCAGGAAAAGAGGUGUGCCCAGUGAAGCAGCAUGCUCCUGUCGCCCCCUCCUUUCCAGCCCUUUCUUUGUCCCUGUUCUCUUCUCCAAGGCCUACAUAUUUCUCUCCUGGUCCUCCUUAUUUUCUCUUUUCUCCCCCUCUUUCCUCUUCUAUGCUCACAAUAUCCCUCUGCUGUCCCUAAAGUUCUGCUCUGGAAAUGAACCUUUCUGCAGCAUUGUGACAUCACUGUGUGUCAGCCAGUGCCCGCCCACCUGGGUUGGGCCCUCAGCCUCCUGGAACCACUGGCCCUCCAGUGAUAGGGCCACCUUUUCCUCUAGGGCCCCUUCAUCUUCAGGGGCAACUUUCAGAGCAUGGAUCCCUCCUGAUUCUGCUGUGGCCCAAUGUUCCUCACAGUCAAGCUGCUUUUGGGCCGUAGAUGCAACCUCAGGGUGUCGGGCCAUGAGAGUGUGGCCACACUGAAGAAGCUGGUGUCCCAGCAGCUGCAGAUACCUGCAGAGCAGCAGCACCUGCUGUUCCGCGGCAAGCUGUUGGCUGAUGACAAGCGUCUCUCCGACUACUGCAUUGGGCCCAAUGCCUCCAUCAAUGUUAUCAUGCAGCCCCUGGAGAAGGCGGCACCAGAAGAAGCCCCCCAAACCCAGCCCCUGUGGCACCAGCUGGGCCAGGUCCUAGCCAAACACUUUGGGCCCCAGGAUGCCAAGGCUGUGCUGCAGCUGUUAAGACGGGAGCACGAGGAGCACGUGCAGAGGGUGAGCUUGGAUGGCCUGGAGCGGCUGGCCUGCCGCCUCCUGGCACAGCAGCCAUGUGUAGAGCCGACCAAGAAGAAGGAGCCACAGGCUGUGGCCUCAGAGCUUCAGCAACAUGAAGGAGGUGGAGAAGGUGGAGGAGGAGGAGCAGUCGAUCAGUACUUACGUACUCCAUAAAAUUCUGGCCUCACCCUCCGUGUUUCCUGGUGAUUUUCCACUCCUUCCUCCGGCUGCAGGUGCAGCCAUUCUUUAUUUUUGAACUUUUAAAGUGGCGGGAGGGUAUUUGGAGCUUCCUGUUUCCUCUUGGGCUUGUGGUCCUGCUUCUGAAAUGCAGAAUGAUUCCAUUCCUAUUUCUAUUCCCUAGAAGGGUUCUCAUGGCCCCAGAGUAGCUAUAAAGGGACCAAG